GAUGCUCUAACGAGGGUAGUGACUCUGUCUAAAGGCAAAAGCACAGUUCAGCUGAGGGAGGAGAACUGAACACUCACUGGAGUCCCGGAGAGGACACUGAGUACACUGGAGAGGACUUCUAUGCAAAAAGGGGCCCUAAGCAGAGCCCCGCCCCUGGGCGACCCCGCAGGGACUUGGUUGGAUGUGGCUCACUCCGACUUCCGCCCGCCAGGGAAGCUGCCGGAAGGUGAAGAUCUUCAUCUGAGGGACGCCACCUCAGGCUACCAGAACCCCAGGACUGUUUGGGUAUCAAGGUGCCCACUUCCUGCACCCUCUUGCCUGCUGCCCCUGAGCACAGUCAUCAUGCCUCGCGGUCAGGAGAGUAAGCGCCGUGCCCGUGAAAAACGCCGCCAGGCUCGAGGUGAAGACCGAUGUCUCAGGGGUGCUCAAGCCACCGCAGCAGAGAAGGAAAAGCUGCCAUCCUCCUCCUCGCCUGCAUGCCAGAGUGCUCCCCAGAGCUUCCCCGCUGCAGGCAUUCCUCAGGAGUCCCAGAGAGCCAGCUACCCCAGCUCUCCUGCUGCAGCUGUGUCACUCACAAGUUCUGAGGAAGGUGCCAAGGGCCAAAAGGGGGAAAGUCCCAACUCCUUCCAUGGCCCGUCCUCCUCUGAGAGCACAGAAAGAGAUCUUCUGAACAGGAAGACGGGCGAAUUGGUGCAGUUCCUGCUCAACAAGUAUAUAAGGAAAGAGCCCAUUACGAGGGAAGCCAUGCUGAAGGUUAUCAACAGAACAUACAAGCAGCACUUCCCUGAGAUCCUCCGGAGAAGCGCUGAGAACGUAGAGGUGGUCUUUGGCCUCUACCUGAAGGAAAUGGACCCCAGCCGUCAGUCCUAUGUGCUUGUCAGCAAGCUGGACUUUCCCGAUCAAGGAAGCUUGGGCGAUGACGGGGGUUUUCCCCGGAGCGGGCUCCUGAUGGUUCUCCUGAGCACCAUCUUCAUGCAUGGCAACCGUGCCACUGAGGAAGAGAUGUGGGAAUGCCUGAAUGCAUUGGGGAUGUAUAAGGGUAGGAAGCACUUCCUCUAUGGGGAGCCCCAGGAGCUUGUCACCAAAGAUUUGGUGCGAGAGGGGUACCUGGAGUACCGGCAGGUGCCCAGCAGUGAUCCUCCACGCUGUGAGUUCCUGUGGGGUCCCAGGGCCCACGCUGAAACCAGUAAAAUGAAAGUCCUGGAGUUUGUGGCCAAGCUCAAUGAUACCGUUGCCAGUACCUACAAGUCCCAGUAUGAGGAGGCUCUGAGAGAGGAGGAAGAACAAGCCAGAGCCAGAGCAGCAGCCAGGGCUAGCGCCAGGGCCAGGGUUAGCAGGUCCUCUCAGCCGUAGUGAAGUCUCAGGCAAUCCUCACUAAAAGAUUGAAAAGGGCUGUCCACCAUCUCAGUAUUUGGGGGUGAGGUGGGGCUAGAGAGAGCCCAAGACAUGUGUCUUUCUCGUGUUCUGGUUAUUUGCAAGCCACUUGUAGAUUCCCUCUUUUUCUUCUG